GGAAAUCGUCUUGUUCCUCAUAAACCACCACUUCGUUACUGUGAAGUGCAGAGUGACUUUUUUGCCUCAAAUGCUACAGCUAUUCCAGCAGGGAGUGAUCCAGAACUUGCUCUGGGACUCCUGCUCAGCUGGAAUACCCCCGAGACCAGCAAUGAGCAUGUGAGUUUUGGUUUCCUGCCUGACAAACUUGAACAGCCACCACCCUGCAGGUCCAACAUCAGUGUUCUUCCCCUUCCAGGAUCUUUUUCCCCUUCUCGUGGCAGAACAUGAGGGACAGAUGAAAGGUGAUUCUGAGCAAGGAGGUUUUAAUAGUGCAAGUCCUUUGCAGGACAUCUGCUCUGAAAGCAGACGUUGAACCCCUGCUGUGUUUGGUUCUGGAUAGCGUGCAACAGGAAAUAAGACAGCAAGAACAGAGGACUGCUGGUGAUGGCACCAACAUGUCAGAUAAGCUCUCUUCAAACAGAUGCCAUCUGCAGAGUUCAGAUGUGCCACUAAACACACACCAGCUCCUUCCCUGCUCCCCACUGGGUUGUGUACCAGUGGUGCCAACACAAGACAUUGCUGGCUGCUGGUUAGGGUUUUUUCUUCUCUCCCCUUAAAAAACUCAGUACCCCACAUACAAGGUGUUGGAAGAGCUCGCUCCAGUUUGCACAGACAGCAAUUACUACUGCACUGGGAGCCAAACAUCACCCUGCAAGAUAAGCUUCUGAAAUAGUAAUCUCUCAUUAUAUGGGAACUGUUGAGUCACGGCCUGAACCACUGAUGGAGCACCUGGGGAAAGAACCCAGUCAGCCCUGGGAGCACAGGUGAAGGCAAUUCAGCUGUGUGACAGGAAGGGGUGGAGCCUGGCUGCACCUCUCUCAGACCUCAUUUAAGGGCUGGCUGCCUCUGGGGAAGGAUCUUUUGCUGCAGGUUCUUCCUCUAUGAAGUUUUUCCUGCAAGCCUGGAUCUUCAGAUGCAGAGACUCUUUGGCGUAUCUUGUAAAAGUGAUUGGCUGUGCUGAUUCACUGCCCACUUUAUCAUGUGCUGAUAAAGACACAGUGCUGCUUCUCCCAGUACAAAUGCAUCUGCAGCCUGCAGAAAUACAGUCCACUUCCUCUGCAGAGUUCUGUGAGCAAGCCCAGCUCUUCCUCAACCAAACACACCUAAGGCCCUCCACCUGGAUGACCAAUGUCCAUUUUAACCGAUUCUGUCGGAAAUUAAGCCUCCAACUUCCAUUCAUUCCUGCUGGCAGCAACGCGUAUAAUGCAAACGACCGCAAUUCAGGAUCACGCAACCAUUGCUCUUAAAACUUCCUAGAUGAUUGUAGUUGCUUUCCUUGUGUUCUAUGCUAGCAGAAGCCUUUUCCAAGGUUUACUGUUGACUCUAGAGCACCACGUUCCCCGUUUGCUGGGAGCCUUGGGGGCUGGCACCAUGGGCAACUCCUGCGUUUGCCGCGAUGACAGCGGAGCAGAAGACAGCUUGGAGUCUCAGCAUCGACAAACAGAGAGCAGUAGGGUACGUGCACCUGAUGGAAGGAGCCACCCAAGGGACCCUGUCCGACCACCUAGGAGGGGGAGAGGGCCUCAUGAACCAAGAAGGAAAAAACAGAAUGUGGAUGGGCUAGUACUUGACACACUGGCUGUAAUUCGGACGUUAGUAGAUAACGACCAGGAGCCUCCUUAUUCAAUGAUCACGUUGCAUGAAAUGGCAGAAACAGAUGAAGGUUGGCUGGAAGUUGUCCAGUCUUUAAUUAGAGUUAUUCCACUAGAGGAUCCGCUGGGACCGGCCGUCAUAACGCUGCUACUCGAUGAAUGCCCACUGCCAACAAAAGAUGCAUUACAAAAGCUGACUGAAAUAUUAAACUUAAGUGGAGCUGCUGCUUGUCAUGAUGCUUGCCAUCCUGCUAAACAUCGGAAUACAACUGCGGUGCUGGGCUGUUUAGCUGAGAAAUUAGCAGGUCCUGCAAGUAUAGGCUUACUCAGCCCAGGCAUAUUGGAAUAUUUACUUCACAGCUUGAAUUUCCAGUCCCAUCCGACAGUGAUGCUAUUUGCACUAAUUGCCCUGGAGAAGUUUGCACAAACAAGUGAAAAUAAAAUGACAGUUUCUGAAUCCCGCAUCAGUGACCAACUGAUCCUGCUAGAGAAAUGGACAGAUCACCCAGACUAUUUGAAACGCCAGGUUGGAUUCUGUGCCCAGUGGAGUUUAGACAAUCUGUUUUUAAAAGAAGGCAGGCAGUUUACAUAUGAGAAGGUUGACUUGACCAACAUCAGGGCUAUGCUAAACAGCAAUGAUGUCAGUGAAUACCUGAAGAUAUCACCACAUGGAUUAGAGGCUCGGUGUGAUGCCUCCUCUUUUGAAAGCGUCAGAUGUACGUUCUGCGUUGACUCUGGAGUUUGGUACUAUGAAGUUACAGUCAUUACUUCGGGAGUGAUGCAAAUAGGAUGGGCUACCAAAGACAGUAAAUUCCUCAAUCAUGAAGGUUAUGGCAUUGGAGAUGAUGAGUAUUCCUGUGCUUACGAUGGCUGCCGGCAGCUGAUUUGGUACAAUGCCAGAAGUAAACCACAUUCCCAUCCCUGCUGGAAAGAAGGAGACACAAUAGGAUUUCUGCUAGACUUGCAAGAAAAGCAAAUGAUCUUCUAUUUAAAUGGAAACCAGCUGCCUGCCGAGAAGCAAGUCUUUUCAUCAGCUGUAUCUGGCUUUUUUGCUGCAGCGAGUUUCAUGUCUUACCAACAAUGCGAGUUCAACUUCGGGGCAAAACCUUUCAAAUACCCACCACCAAUGAAAUUUAGUACCUUUAAUGAUUAUGCCUUCCUGACAGCAGAGGAGAAGAUCAUUUUGCCAAGACACAGGCGUCUGGCUUUGCUGAAGCAAGUGAGCAUCAGAGAGAACUGCUGCACGCUUUGCUGUGAUGAGGUAGCAGACACAGAACUCAGGCCGUGUGGACACAGUGACCUGUGCAUGGAGUGUGCCUUGCAACUGGAGACCUGCCCUUUGUGUCGACAGGAAAUACAGACCCGAGUCAGACAGAUUUCUCACAUUUCAUGACACACGUGAAGUACUACAGACUUGUUUUUAAUGAACUCCAACCAAUACAGAAAGGGGAAAGCAUCUCUAACCAAUCUUUACGCACAUAGAACCGUAGCCAUGGCCAGAUUUCAUGCUAAACUGUAAGCUGAUUAUCUUUAAAAAGAAAAAAAAAAAAAAAAAAGAAAAAAAAAAAAAGAAAAAAAAGUCUUUAAUAAGCUGUUUCAGGUUGCCAGCAGUGGGAACUGGUUUCAACGGUAAGGAAAGCUGGUAGUUUGGUGUGUUAUGGCUAUUGGUUCCUCCAAGCAAGAGCAUAGGAGGGCGUUCUCUCUUCCUCCCCUUUUCCUUCUCGCCUGUCGCAAGUGCUGAAAUAAUUUGCACUGGAAGUACACAUACAAUGCAUUUCAGAAAGGAAAUCUCUCCUAAAGCAGGGCCGCUCAGUCUCGUGCUCCAAAGCCUCUAUUUUGGGCAGAAGUCAAGAAUGCCAAUGUUCAAUGUAGCCUCCUGCUGGUCAGAGACUAUAUCUUCCAACAGUGGAUGUUGAACUGCUCCAAGACUUGAUCUGUACACAGACUGAUUUGAAAGGACAGUGUGGAGACUGUAGAGAAAUUCACGUUUUCAUAACUCGGUGAUUCCAAAGAAAAUUCUGAUUUGUUUUUAACUACUCAAAGGCUGGUGGUAUUUUCAAGUACAUGAGGUUUCUGAUGCUUUUAACUUCAAUAUCCACAUUUUUUUGUGAGGAUAUCAUUUUCGGGAGGUAUUCUUAACUAAUUAUAAUGCUGGACUGGAAUUAAUUUGAUAUUCUGGGUAUUUUUUAAGGUAUCUACAGACAUCUUUUUUUAAUUAGUAUUGUUUUUGAAGCUUAUGUUCACUUUGGAAAAUAUUGAGCUAACUUAAAAGCGUAGAGAAGAAUUCUGGGCCAGUGUAUUUGAAGGGGGGGGGG